AUGCCACCGUUCUGGGCAGCUCCUCCCUGGACCAAUCACAGCCGCUCUGGUGAAUUGGAGUUUGUGCUGCUGGGCUUUGCCCAUGUGCCCUCCCUGCGCCCAAUGCUCGCAGUGCUCUUCCUGGCUGCCUUCCUGCUCACGUUGCUGGGCAACACGCUCAUCGUCCUGCUCACCAGCCUGGACCCAGGCCUGCGUGCGCCCAUGUACUUGUUCCUGCGUCAGCUCGCGCUCGUGGAGAUCUGCUUCUCACUGGACGUGGCGCCCCGUCUGCUGGUGACUCUGCUGUGGCCCGGACGCGGGAUGUACCCCACGAGCUGUGCCCUGCAGCUGCUCCUUGUGCUGUCCUGUGUCACAACUGAGUGUUUGCUCCUCACAGUCAUGGCCUGGGAUCGCUUCCUGGCCAUUUGCAGGCCACUACACUAUGGCACCAUCAUGAGCUUGAGGCUGUGCCACCUGCUGGCCACCACCUGCUGGCUCGCAGGAAUCCCCCUGUCGCUUGUCUUCACCAUCUGGCUCUUCAACUUCCCAUACUGUGGGUCUCGGGGCAUUCGGCACUACCUCUGUGACAUAUCUCCUCUGUUGAGCCUGGUGUGUGCAGACACCAGAGUCUUCGAGGCCAGUGUGUUCGUGGCCACGGUGUUAAUUAUGAUCAUUCCAGUCUGUCUCAUAGUCAUGUCCUAUACCAGGAUUCUGGCUGCCAUCCUUCAGAUGCCAUCAGCUUCUGGGCGCCACAAGGCCCUGUCUACCUGUGACUUGCGCCCCAAGUCCAGCUACUCUCCUGAGAGCAAGCAAGUGGUGUCCCUGUCAUACACCAUGGUGACUCCCAUGUUCAACCCCCUCAUCUACAGCCUGAGGAACAAGGAAUUCAAGGCUGCCUUAGUUCGUGUCUUCAUUCAGAGACGAGGCACCUUUACCCUCUGA